GGGCCCGAGUUCGGGCCGGGAUCCCGGCCCCCAUCCUCGGGGUCCGAUACCUGGUCCGUAUCCUCUGGAUCCUGGUCCGUGUCCUCCGGAUCCUGGUCCCUAUCCUCUGGAUCCGGAUCCCGGCCCCCAUCCCCCGGCACCAGCUCGAAGACUCGACCGCGUGGGCCGGACCAGGGGCGCCUCAGCGUUCAUGGAAGCGGCUUCUCCUCGGAUUCCUCAAUUAGAACUUAUCGCGGAGAGCUGGAUGGCGAACUACGCAUGCCGGAGAUUGACUUUUGCCCUGGUUUAGGGGCUGUGUCCACUCUGAAUUCAGGACCAGGAGUCAGCCCUGGUGAUGGAUCCAUUGCAGAAAAGUCUGAAGAAAAGCUGCAGCCCAAAAAGAUCAAGAGUUGCCCUCAGGAUGCCGGAGAGAGUGACCUCCAACAGGCUGCCCAUUUGGAAAAUCUGGCCCCUGAACACCAGCCUGUUUUGAAACCACCAGCAGCCUCCCUGACGACUAAAACUGUACAAGAGAUUGAUCAAGCUUUGAAGAUAGCUGAACAGAAUUUUGCACAUUUAAGGGCUGCAGAACAGGUGCUGGAUCACUUGGAAUGCAAAGAGAAAAGAGAAAAAGACUAUUUAGUGGAGACCGUCCAGAAGACAUUAGAUCAGCUCUUUAUUGAUCUUCUGACAAGGAAAAAAAGCCUGCAAGAAGAAAUAAAAAACAAGGAGGAUUAUAUUGCAGAUGUCAAACUGGUUAAACAGUCUAUUGAAAAGAAAAUAAAAUCUUUGUAUGCAGCUAUGGGUAAAGCAAGGACAUUUAAAUGGGCACCUUCGCGAAGACCAUGCUCUGAUAUGGAUCUGGUUAUCCAGACUCUUAGAUCUGGAUUUGACAGGGAAUUGUCACAGGUGAAGUCUUUGAAGUUCAGACAUCUUGCUGGAUUUUCCGUGGAAGAAACUGGAGUCAUGGAAGGACAUAUUCCUCAGCGCAUUAAGGAGAAGGAAGUUUCCUUUUCCGAGUCUUUCUUAGCAGAAAGUCAUAAGUUGAACCCAACUGAGAUAGGUGAAGAAACACCGAUUCUUCUGCAGCCUGAAACCAAUGAUGAGAAUUCAGAAAGAAUUAUGAACAUCCAACCCCAAGACAUGACCUCCCGAUCUCUGCCCCGCAGUAUGACUACUUUACCCCAAGCGCCGUGGGAUCCUGAUGUGAUCAUUGAAGAAAUAAUUGACGAUGACACGGAAAGCGAGUCGAAUGUUCAAAUGGAACUCUCUAGCCCACCUGCUCAAGAACUAGUGAUGGUAAGCCAUGUUGUACAUCCUUGCCACUUCUAUGUUCGGAAAUACUCACUGUGGAAAAUCGCAGAAAAAAUGGAAAAGAACCUGAAUCACUUUUGCCGCAUGAACCAAAGUCCUCCUGAAGUCUUGGAACUAGGUGACAGAGUAUUUGUUGACAGUAAAGAAAAUGGAAUGUGGUGCCGGGCGACUAUCACUGGGCUGAUUCCACGGGACGAUAAACAUGUGGAGCAAUCCCACGGUCCAAAGAAGUACUCCAUCGAUGAAAUUGCAAUACUGCAAGUUUACAUGAUUGAUUUUGGGAAUACUGAAAUCUUCACUAUCUCAGGGGACGGUGAUGACGCCUUUAUCCCUAAGCAAGCGGCCCUACAGUGUACAGUGGUGGAGGCCUUUAGACUGUUGAUAAGAAAACCUGACGACUGUGAGAUGCACCUGAGCGUUCGGAAUCCUUUGGCGCUGAGGUGCACCCUGAAGGACCUGGUUCCACCACAUCCAAGUGAAUGUUGGGGAGAACGUGCUAAAAUGGAGUUUUUUAAAAUGGUGGAGAACGUGCCUGUUUUGAUGCACAUCUAUAAGGAAGAAGGUGGUGUGUUUACUGUAGAUCUGAAAAGACCUCCAGAAAUCCAAAUGAGCAGCAACGUGCCACUGUCUGUCAGAGACACACUGGUUUUUACUGGAAUAGCAAGGUUUCCGCCACAUCUGUCCGAGAUGCAGCCUCAGAAGACUCUGACCCUUGAGUACCAUCCCCCCAACUUACCAAAAUUAUCGACAGAAAUGUCCGUUUCAGUUUGCCACAUCAACAGUCCUGGGGAUUUCUACAUUCAAAUGGUUGACCGUUUAGGUUUUCUAGUGUCCCAGAGGAUGAUUAAACAAGUAUAUGACAAUGAAAAUAAAGAAAAUCUUGAAAUUCUCUGCCCAGUUAAAGGUCAAGCCUGCAUAACUAAGUCUGCAGGUGGAACUUGGUACCGGGCAGAAGUCACUGGCUUACCGGAGCACCAGGAACUGGAAGUUAUCGAUGUUGACACUGGCCGACCUGCCAGAGUGCCACUUAAAGACAUACGUAACGUAAAGGAUGAGUUUUUGAGUUCCCCCAAAAAGGCAAUUAAAUGCAAACUGGCCCAUAUUGAACCUGCUGACGGACCAACGCUUUGGAGUAGAGAAGCCAAAGAAAAAUUUGAAGAAAUGAUUAACGAUGAAUGUUUGAUUUGUUCAGUUACCGGAAUUUUGGAAGAUGAUGUGCUACUUGUUGAACUUUUUCAUUUUCCCCAUGGUUUUGAAAUGAAGGCUGAUUGUAUUAAUCACCUGCUGGUCGAAGAAGGCGUAGCGUGUUACACAGAGGGAUAUACCGUAAAGUCAGAUUCCCCAGAGGAUGUUGAUGUCUGGGAUCCGCCUCUAGAAGAAAUACUUUCAGUUGAAACGGAUGCUGCUGGCUCUGACGUUCAAGAUUACUCAGAAUCACCUAAUGUCAAAAAAUUGCCUGCUGUGCAAAUCUGUAAUGUUGUGUCUCCAGAGAAGAUUUAUUUUCGUUGGCUUGAAGCAGAGACAGUAUUUGAAAGGUUACAGGAAGAGGUGGGUGCUGCCUAUGAAAACUCAGAGCCAGAGCAGAUUCCUUGGAACAGCAAUAUGAAAUGUGCCGUUUUGAUACCUGAGCUGAAACAGUGGCGGAGAGGACGAAUUAUCAAUGUGAUUUCAGAAGUUGUGAUGGAGGUUUUUCAGUAUGACUUUGGAAUUAAAGCAGAGGUGAACAUUACUUAUCUAAGAAAGCUGAAAGGAUGUCUGAUGAAUUUGGGUAAAUUUGCUUAUGAGUGCUCCCUUGUUGAUAUCAGGCCAACUGGUGAGGAUGGCAGAUGGACAGCAGAAGCUUGCAGCUAUCUUGCAUCUUGCUUAAGUGGAACGGUAGUGAAAAUCGACAUUCAGAAACAUCACAAAACCCCGAUACCGGUGAGAAUUUUAUUCCAAGGAGAAACGGGAUGUGUUGAUGUUUCCAUAGCUCUCCUAAAAAGAGGCUUGGCUGUGAGACCGAGCAGAUUUCACAAAGUUGACAGAUCAGAUUCAGAUUCUGAGAUGAGUCUUAAUACUUCAUUGAAGCCAAAGAGUACAGAAGUAACCACUGAGCCCAAGAAAUAUUGCCAAUUGGUGAAAAAAGGGCCUGAGUCAGUCACUGAACAUAAAGAAUUCAAACCAGUCUCUGGGCCAGGAACAUUUGAAACCUUCAAGCCACCUAUUAUUCCUAGCAUGAGAACCUUUGACGCAAUAGCAACCUGGGUUGCAGAUGAUGGAACGAUCUUUGUGAUCCCCAAAUUACUAGAAUGUGAAUUCGCUACCUUGAUGCAGAAAAUACAAGGUUUCUUUUCAGGUUGUGGUCAUUUGUCCCCAUACCCUUGGAAAAAAGGAGAGGCCGGCGUGGUAAAAGGAGCAGAUUCCCUAUGGUACCGCAUUAUCAUCGUGGAAAAUUUUAAAAAUCUUGUCAGGGUGCAGUAUGUAGAUCUUGGACAUACUGAACUCAUCCUUCCAUGCCAUCUCUAUCCAGUUGGGUGCUAUCCUGAAAUUCCCCAGUUUUGCAUACCAUGUCGAUUACAUAACACCAUUCCUGUUGGAGACUUCUGGCAGCCAGAUGCGUUGCAAGUCCUUCGAGAGCUGCUACUACCUAGGAAGGAAGUGACGGCUCAUACAAUGGAAUAUCCACAGCAUCCAGGAGGAAAGUUAUCCGUUCAUCUCUUUUUGGGUGGGAUAUCACUGUCUGCUGUUAUGGUACAACGUAAACACUGCACUUAUGAAAACUGGGAGGAUCUGAUGAAGUUGGAGGCGCAGAGACCUAGUGAAAGCGAAACGAAGGAAGAUUGGAAGAUCAACUUUGAGGAAUUUUUUCAUCCUGAAACGAAGACCUCCGUUUUGCCACAGUACUCCGUCCUGUCUCUGCCUCCUCCGGGAGAGCUUUUUCCCAUUCAAGUUAGGCACGUUACCUUACCUAAUGAGGUUUACAUCCGCCUCAGGCAAGGAGCCGGUUCAAGCCUCGGGAGCAACGCAGAUGAAAAUGCAGUCGUGUGGGAGCGCCUGGAUCAAGUGCUGCAGUGCUGGAAGGGUGAUGUAACAUCACUUCCUCUCCUGACCGACAUGAAGACGGGCAUGCCUUGCCUGGCACAAACUCACGAUGAAUUGUGGAGCAGAGGAAUAAUCCUUUCCAUUAACAAACAGGAUCCUCUCUCGGUCUUGGUGCAGUUAGUUGACUCGGGGACAUAUCAGAAACUGCCACCGAGCAGGUUACGUCAGAUACCCGAUGACCUUAUGCGGUACCCUGCACAGGCUGUCAAAGUUACUUUGGCUGGGUUUAGACCGCCAAAAGAUGAUUUAGAAAAAAUACGAAUUCCUUAUUAUCCCAACUGGAGCCUGGAAGCAAUAAGGGCUAUGGUGGAUUGUCUUCGGGGCAAACAACUUCAUGCUCUCACUUUGACUAUGACACCAGAGCCAACAGUGCUUUUGCUUGAAGAUGAACGAUACCCAGUUUAUAAGCCAUUGAUAGAAAUGGGACUUGCAGAUUUGGAUGAAUAAUGGGUUCUAAUGAACACCAUGGAAUUUGGGGAGAAGAGCAGAAGAAAGAUUCAUAGAACAGAUUUGUGUUUAGCUAAGUGUUGUGUAAUAUGUGUCAUCUGAAGCAGACGUAUGCUGAGUUUGAAACUCUUUUCAGAUGCUGAAA